GACUUCCACACUUUUUUUUCCCCUUUUUCCUCUUAACUUUCAGCAAUUUCCUUUGAUUUUUCAUGAUUAUCAUACUUUUCCCUUUUCUCUCUUACUUCCACAAGCUAAGUAUCACGGCGGCAGCAACAAGAAGAAGAAAAGGGUUGUCGUCGUCGGCUCCGGCUGGGCUGGCCUCGGUGCUGCUCAUCACCUUUGCAAUCCGGUGCCUCCAUGUUUAUGAUUCUUUAUCUUGGGGUUUGAUACUACUAUUUUUUAUGGUGGGAAUGCUCUUGGCAGUCCGGACAAUGUUGGUAUCCAAGGUUCCCUAAUUUGGUGAAAAAUGAGGUAGCAUUAUGGAGAUAUAUAGAAAUAAUUUUAUUACAUUGUUUAUACUCAUAUACAUAUUUUUUCAUUUAUUUUCUUAUUUUCUUUGCAUGCUUUAAUUUAUAUGAUUUCAUUUGUAAUUGUAUAUUAUAUUUUUCUAGGAUUCUUUUAGUAAAUGUUGAGUAUUUUU